CUUGCUUGUCUAGCUUUCCGUGUAUUUCCGACAACUCAGUACCUGAGACAUCCCUCCACUGUCAUGCACUCUCCAGAGCCGGACUGCUGCCAUGAAUUGCUGGGCCAUAUUCCCAUGCUUGCUGAUAAAGAAUUUGCACAAUUCUCACAGGAUAUUGGUAUAGCUUCACUGGGAGCAGCUGAUGAAGAUAUACAAAAAUUGUCAACACUUUAUUGGUUUACCAUUGAGUUUGGACUCUGCAAGCAGAAUGAUUCCGUCAGAGCCUAUGGAGCUGGUUUGCUGUCAUCUUAUGGGGAGCUUAAGUAUGCAUUAUCAAAUAAGCCUGAGCUUCGACCUUUUGAUCCAGAAAUGACUGCAAUCCAGCCCUAUGAAGACAAC